CUCUCCAAUUAUCACUACUAAAUACAAAUCUAAUCUAGAGAGAGAGGGGUCUGGUCUGGUUGGGUGGGUGGGUAGAGAGAGGUGAGGUGAGGUGAGGUCUCUGGUUGAGGAUGAGGGGAACCCACCUCACAAUUUUCACUUUCUGAGGAAUUUUUGAUGAUGGAGAGAGAAAGGUCGGCAGCAACAACACCAACGCCACAAAACACUCAACAAACUGUCCCUCUACUGCUUCUUCUGCUUCUGCUCCUCCUCUUCUAGUCUCUCUCUCUCUCUCUCUCUCUCUCUCUCUGUGGGGGUCUCCUCUGUCAAACCACUGUUCCUGCCAUUUUGGGCCUUUUCUCGCGACUCGCUUUCUGCUGCCAUGGGAACCCCCCGACUGCAGCUUGAAACACCCUUUUUCGGAAAAUAAUCCAAAGAGGAGGCAGCGCAGCAGCAGACAGACAGACAGCUGCAGGGAGGUUGGAUUGAUUAGAUUCUGUGGUGGGGGCGAAUGAAUUGAAGAACAAGGAAAGGGGAGGAGAUCGAUCAACUCAUCAUCAGUAAUUUAAGCAAUUGUUUGAUUAUCUUAAUUUUGGCUGUGUUUUGGGGGGUUUUGGUUCGAAGUUAUAUUACCCUCCCUUCCCUCGAGAAUUUCAGAGUCCCACGGUUGUGGUUUUCUAUGGUUUGAUUUCGAGGGUUCGAUCUGUUUUAAGAUAUUUCGUGGGUUUUAGAGAAGAGAGGGAACUGCAAACCCUAAUGCCAGUGAUGGAGACGUUCGGGGAUUUUGAUUUUAUAUGUAUCUGUAUGCAUAGAUAGAGAGAGAGAGAUACCACUGUGUUUUUAUCUUAUAGUUUUUGUGAAGGAUUUUUUUGAAGAAGACGAAGAAGAAGAAUCGAUUAGUAUUAUUAAUCUGCAGUUGUGGCUAACAAUCGGAGGCUUACUUCCGACUCCGGCGCGUUCGCGGAUUGGGUGGCUUCGUCGGCAGCCGCGGCGGGGGACCUCUCCUUAGGCUUCAAUGCGGGCCCCACCGACGGGACCGCCGGCGGGAACCACAGCGGAGCACCCGCUGGAGGAAUGUGGCCCUCCGCCGCCUCCGCCACACGUGACCUGCGGCCUCCCUCCGGAGUUCUACUUCGUCGCGCCGGCGGCUUCCUUCCAGCACCAUCACCAUCAGGAGUCGUCGGCCUCCGCCGCCGCGGCGGCGACUACGAUCAACUUCGAUCCUCAUUCGCUCAAUCCUUCCAACGCGAUCGGCGUUAAUGUGAUUCCUCUCCUCACGGCGACUCCAUGCCUCGCGCAGCCGGGAAUCUCCGGCGGACCAGAUGACGAUUUGUUCAACAGCGCACGCGGUCGCGCCGCAGGAGGCGGCGGCGGCGCGAUGCAGCUGUGGCAACAGCAGCAAGGUCAGAAUUCGUCGCCGUACCUGAGGAAAUCGAUGAUUCUGGAGCACACGAGCCUCCUCCAAUCGGGAAGCGGAGCAAUCGGAGGUUCUUCCUCCGUCGGAGCAACGACCUGUCAGGAUUGCGGUAACCAAGCGAAGAAAGACUGUACGCACAGGCGAUGUCGAACUUGCUGCAAAAGUAGAGGCUACGACUGCGCGACGCACGUGAAAAGCACGUGGGUUCCUGCAGCACGCCGGCGGGAGCGCCAGCUCAUGGCGGCGACGGCCGGGUCUUCCCAGUCCACUUCAGGUACAAAAAAACCUAGAAUCGCCGGCGCCGGCGGAUCCCAAACCACCACAACCGCUUCCCACACUUCAACAUCCAACACCACUCCGCCGCGAAGCUUCGACACCAGUUCCAGUCAACAAGAAGCAAGUUUUAAGGAUUCAUUGCCAGGCCAGGUUCGAGCUCCGGCGGUAUUCAAGUGCGUGAGAGUCACCGCCCUUGAUGACGGUGAAGACGAGUAUGCGUAUCAGGCGGUGGUGAGAAUCGGCGGCCAUGUGUUCAAAGGUUUUCUAUACGAUCAAGGGGUUGAAGGAAGGGACGAACUUCCGAACAUGUCGGAGCUGCAUUUAGGCGGCGGCGGCGGCGGUGGUGGCGGCGGAGGCGGAGGCAAUGGUACUGGUAAGAAUGGGGCGUCGUCAUCAUCUCCAGUUCUGGAUCCUUCCGAUAUCUACGCCGCCUCGGGCGGAGGGCUGCUUGGAGGAUCAGGCUAUGGUAACCCAAUAAAUUAAAUUCGAUUUUCAAUCAGAGGUGUGUCUGAAUUCCCUCUGAUGAAGACAUUUUUAUUUAAUUAAUUGUACCUUCCCACUGUUGGCAAUAGGAUCUUGACAAUUCUCUUCUCCAGCCAGCCCUUCUUUUUUGUUGUUGUAUGUAUAUCUGAGUUUGACCCUUUUCUUGAAAUGGCUUCUGCAUCUUCUUCCUCAGAACCCCUUUUGCCAUUCCUCGAAGGGUAAAAAAACAAAAGGAUAAAACUUCCUUUUUCUUACAGUAAUCCCUCUAAGCAUUGUCUAUAUCCAUGUUGUAUCAACACAUUUGCAUCUAAUAUUAUGCCCUAAAAUGUUCAUCACUUGGUUAAGGCCUAUCUUCUUCUGUAUGCAUCUUGCCUUCAUUGUUUGUUUGCAUAACAUAAGAUUAGCUGUAUGCUUAAUUUGAUGUGAGUUUUUUUUUAAUCUUUUCAUCAAGUUUACUACAUGUGAGUUCGUUAUCUUAUGUGACUAUCUAUGUAUCUAUAUGUGUAUG